UGGUGUUUUUGACAGGAAGUGAAGUGUUCCAACUUCCACGCAGUUUAUUGUCGCCGCUCCAUCAUUUCUCUCUCAUCGAUUCAUCCGACGCUGCUCCACAUCAACCAACUAAUUCACUCAUCGACCUUCCCGCCCAUCCGUCAGCAUCAAAACGCGCCUUUUUAACCCAAAUGAGUGACUCAACUCGACACAGACGAGACCUGAGCGCUCAAUACAAAACGCAAGACCAAGCCCUUCAGGAACUCGUCGAGAAGGGAGAGAGAGAGUUGGUGGAAAAGAGAGAGGCGAGAGCGAAGGCGAGGGAGAUGAGAAUGCAGAAGCUGAAGGAAGAUCAGGAGGAGGGAAGUGACUCUGAUGGUCGCCAAAGUCGGCCUGAUACGCCACUGAUGUCAACAAGGACACCAACAAGAAUUGAGGUGCCAUCGUUGCAGUUGGACAGCCCGUCACCUUCAUUACAGGAACAGUUGAAUGAUCUUGAGAAGCGAUUUAAGGAAGUUAAUAUUGCCAAUGCAUCAUUGAGCAAUGAGAAAGAAAAGCUGAUGUAUCAACGGGAUUUACUAAAAGAUGAGGUGGUAGAUCUGGAGAGUGUUAACCAGGGACUAAGAGAAGAAAUAAAAUUGAAAGCCAGGUUGGUGAGUCAGCAGGCGUUAGCACUUGAGAGAUUGCAGUCUGAAAUGGAAGGUCUCAGACAACUCAUUGCAUACAGAGACGAGUUCAUUGAAUCUAAAGGGUUAGUGCUCCCUGAUCCGUUUGCAAACGAAGACGUCUGUGAAGUUGGCGAAAACGGUUUGGAUUCCAGGAACAAUCAGGCAACAUCUGCGUACGUGCAGGAUCUUGAGGAAGAAGUGUCAAGAUUGAAGAAAGACAAACAAUCGCUUCAGGAUCAGUUGAAGCAUUUGAAGCAGGAGAAUUCGUCACUGAGAGUCGCUGUUGAUGCAAUGCCUGACAAUAUAGAAAGAAUCAAUGGUCAAGACUAUAAAGAUCAAAUAAGAGAACAUACAAAGCAAAUUCAUGAUUAUAAGUCAAAAUGGCAGCUCGCUGAAGGAGAGAAGUCUCGACUUGAAGCCAAGGUCCAGAGACACGAGCACACCGUGAAACGGCUAAAACAGCAGGUUGAAGACAUGGAAAAGCAAGAAGACGAGCUGAAAACCAAGAAUCGAAAGCUCAAUCGAGAGCUGAUCAAGGCACAGACGGAGAGCACUCAAUUAGUAGAAGACAAAGAACAUUUGCAGAAGCGCAUUGAAACGCUAAAGCGAAGGAAGCUAAAUGAGACGUAGAAAUGGACAGACGCAUUCAUAAUGCACACUGAUUGUUGCUGAUGUUAAGUAGGUAUGUAGUCUGUUUAUUGACAACACUGUAUAUUUAUGACCUCCAAUAAUAGGCGUGGUGUGGCGUGUUUUGUGUCGUUGCCGAUUGAUUGGGAUGUUGGUAUUGAUGUUU